CAAGGGACAAUUGUAGGCGGGAUUGUAGUUCAAACCGUCCGUUGAGAUAUUGGGGCUUAUUUUUUUAGUUAGCUUUUGUGCUCCAGCGGCCCGGAACUAUUCGAAGAAUUAAAUAUGGCUGGUGGCAAGGCGGGCAAAGACUCCGGAAAGACCAAGACGAAGGCGAUUUCGCGCUCUCAGCGAGCCGGAUUGCAGUUCCCGGUGGGACGUAUCCACAGGCACCUCAAAUCCAGGACUACCAGUCAUGGCAGGGUUGGAGCCACUGCAGCCGUGUACAGUGCGGCUAUCCUUGAAUACCUCACCGCCGAGGUUCUGGAGCUGGCCGGGAACGCUUCGAAAGAUCUGAAAGUGAAGCGUAUCACCCCCCGCCACUUGCAGCUGGCCAUCCGAGGAGACGAGGAGCUGGAUUCCCUCAUCAAGGCCACCAUCGCCGGCGGGGGAGUGAUCCCGCACAUCCACAAAUCUCUGAUUGGAAAGAAGGGCCAGCAGAAGACUGUAUAACGGGCAGCGUGAGGGGAAGUCCUCCAGAAGUUGCGCCAUCUCAGGACGACGUCUGCAUCACGCCCUUUUUUUUUUCUUGUCUUUAGUGUAGAACACCUGUAGGAGUCAAGUUUGGUUCCAGCUUGCAUCUACUCACCUGGGGGUAUUUUUUUUUUUUUUUUUAAAGUGGCUUCAAAGAAGCUCUUUUUUUUUUUGUUUUGUUUUUUUUCUUCGUUCCUGGUGCUCCAGUCCCUAUUAAUUUGCCCUUUUUUUUAUGUAUGCCUGUGUGUGUGUGGCAUUCCCUUGUUAAAGUGGUGUUUUAAUAAAGCCCUAAAGGGGCACGUGGGUCUGUCUCAGCUUCCUAAAAA